AAUUCAUGUUUCUACCGGUGUGGCAAUAUUGGAAAAUGUUAUAAAAAAUGCACAUUUUUCAGCGCUCUCACGAGAAAAAGAGUUUCACAUCUAGUCAUCUAUGAUAUAAACGUUUGCAAGAGACGUUUGGUUGAAGACACGAAUAUAUUUAGUUUUUAACAGAGCAGUUGAAAAGAUCUCGAUCAUCCUCAUCUUAAUUUCAAAAUGGCACCCCACGGAGGCAUUUUUACCGCUUUAACGCCUUCUCUAGCGGACAUAACGGGAGCGAUUGAAAAAAUACAAGCAGCGAUUGCAGCAAAAACGCUGAAAAAGAAAUUGUUUUACGAUAUGCUUUUGGGAUUCCAAAUAUUAGAGCAAUCUUUGCAACGCAAGCAAUCGGAAGCGUAUAAUUUGAUUUUAACAUGGCUGAACUUGUUUUUGAAUGUUCAGUCAAAUAUUAUUACUCAAAAUGAAGGUGUUCGUGAACAAUUUGAAAAAAUUGUUCCUUUUGCUGUAACAUAUAUGAUUCGUUGUCUACAACACAAAGCAAAAGGAAUAGACUCUUAUCAUUACCAGUUAUUGGAAAUGAUACAUAAACUGUUGAGCAACGUUCGACCAGGAGUUCUUGAGAAAAUAACGACAAUCGAAACUAGCAUUAUGUAA